AAUCGUGUUGUUGAUCCAAUUAUUCCAUUGUUUUUUAGUCCGUCAAUGAUUAUAGCAGCUACUUUGUUAGAGAAAUUUAUUCAAGAACAUUAUGAUAGCAGUCCUACACCUUCAAUUACUAAUUUUACAGUUCUUAUUAACCAGACUUUAACUACAAUUUUAAGCGUUGUCGAUGCUAUCGCACAACUACAUCUUUCACUUGAUGAUUUUUCAUGUUAUACUGCUGAGGAACAAUCUCGAAUUGAAAUCGGUUUUUUCAACUACAAAUGGCCAUCAUUCAAUAUUACAUUUUAUCAUAAUAUUAUAUGUGCUGUUGAUAUAAAACAAGGUUAUAUUGAAUUAUAUGUAGAUGAUCAGUCUCAACUAACACUGCAAACAUUUGUUAGAGGACUUGAACAAUCGGUUACUCAGAAUGGUAACGUUACCAUUAAAUAUCCACGUAAUUUUGAUCAAUCUCCAUUUCAUGCAACACUUCUCACUGCUGACUAUCGUUUUCCUUAUGAUUGUAUGACAGAAAAGCUGGAAGAUUAUAUGACCAACUCACAGAAUCAAGUAUUUAAGAUGCCGAUAACAAUCGAAGUUUGCUGUUUUAUAAUACAAGAUACAAUUACUUAUGCAAUCAAGUAUUAUAGAGCAACGACAUGCACCAAUCUGUUAAAUCCUUGUAUUCGUGAUCAUUAA